UCCCCUUGAGCAGGAAAAGCCUUUGCAUCUGCUUUUCCUGCUUUUGCAAUCAGAGAUGGGCCGGGAUUGUGGGGGACCAGCCCCGCCCCGCCCGUCCCGGGGGACCCCGUCGGGCAGCGGUUGGCCGCCGCGCGGGGCGGGGCUUGGCUUUUGUUGGACGGGGCGGGAGGGCGUGACUGGCGUAUAAGAGGCGCGCGGAGCCCGCUCGGCCGCUCUCCCGCGCCUCUUCCUCCCGCUGCUCGACGGCGCUGCUCUCUCGCGCUCUCUCCCCGGGAUUGCCCACCUUCCUCUUCUGGGAUUACAACCAUGAGUACCACCAGCAGCAGCCGGAGUUCCUACCGCCGCAUGUUCGGCGGGGCCGGCGGGCGGCCCAGCUCUUCAAGCAGCAGCCGCUACGUGACGUCGUCGAGCCGCUACUCGCUGGGCAGCGCCCGGCCCAGCAGCGUCCGCCUGGUGUCGUCGGCGCCCGGCGGCGGCGGGCUCUACGCCUCCAAGGCCGUGCGCCUGCGGAGCAGCCUGCCGCCGAUGCGGAUGCUGGGUGUCGAUGGCGGCGUGGACUUCUCUCUGGCCGACGCCAUCAACACGGAGUUCAAGGCCAACCGCACCAACGAGAAAGCCGAGCUGCAGGACCUCAACGACCGCUUCGCCAACUACAUCGACAAGGUGCGCUUCCUCGAGCAGCAGAACAAGAUCCUGCUGGCCGAGCUCGAGCAGCUCAAGGGCAAAGGCACGUCCCGCCUGGGCGACCUCUACGAGGAGGAGAUGCGCGAACUGCGCCGGCAGGUGGACCAGCUCACCAAUGACAAGGCCCGCGUGGAGGUGGACCGCGACAACUUGGCCGAAGACAUCAUGCGCCUGCGGGAAAAGUAAGGCGCGGGUCCCCUGGACGAGGCGGGGGGGGGGGGUUCGGGGCGAGGGCUGGGCUGGGCUGUUUGAGUAAACUACAUUGGCCCCAAUGGGACUUGGGGUUUGAGUAGUGGCUUGCCCUGCCAGACUUCCUGCUCUCCGAGUAGUGGUUCCGUCUGUGAUGGCGCGCGCGCAUCCUUUGCAAACAAAGGAAAUGUGCUUCUCGUUUCAAAAUGCCUGCAAAUUUGUGCGAAUUCAGCCAGCCAGAUUGAUUGAUUUGUUGGUUGAUUGGAUGGUUAACACUUCCUCGUUCAGGUUACAGCUCUCGUUCUGUCCUUCUCCAUCCAUCCCUCUCCCCUUAGGAAUGAAGUUGUCGCAUCAGCGCUAAGCAAAUAUAAAAGUCUGAGCGUUCAUUCAUUCCUUUGAUUCAGAAAGCUUGUGAAUUCAGUCACGUGGGCUGAUUCAGAAUGAUCACAUUCACUUUGUGAAUCGCAUGAAGGACUCGUCAUGUGAAAAAGUUCAGAAAACUUUUCCACAGCUGAGCCUGCGCUGGCUGGAGGCACUGAAGAGGCAGCUGGGCAAGCGCCUUUGUCUUAAGAAUCUGCAGUGUGGUGGGUCCCGUUAUUCACACUCUGCAGCACAAAGAACAAGGGAUGAAGUUCCAUUCUUGUUUUACUCUGAUGCUUUAGCAGGGCGAUUCCAUUAAAGGGGAAUUACUUGCAAAUAAACAUUGAGAGGUGUGGUUUACUCCCAUGUAAGUGUGCAUAGAAUUGGGCUGCUAGCCCCACCCAGUUCAAUAGACUUUACUUUGGCUUCAAUUUGCAUUUUUUGCUAGAAGCAAGGCCCAUUGCACUGGGUGGGAAUUUCUUCUGAGUAAACUUGUAGAGGAUUGUGGUGCUAGCCUGCAAUUCCUCACAGACUUACUUCUGUGUAAAGUUGCAUAGAUUGGAUUGCACUGUUACUCUACCCAUUGUUGAAUCAGUUUAUGCUGGUACUUUCCAAAGUUGCAUGGUUGCAAGUGCCUGGUAAUUUGCCACGUUGGUAUUAGAAUUAUAAGGUCUAGAUCAGGGCUAAGUUUGAAUUUAUGGUUUGGGGAGCUGCUGCAAACCUCCAGUUUUAACAAAAUGUGUUAGGCAAACAAUCCACAAUUGUAGGUCAUCUCUCCCUCCCACUCAGCUAGUUGAAUAAGUGGGGUAGCCUUCCCCCCCUUCCCUCCCUUUUUUGCUGGGCUUAUGUUUAUUGGUGGAUUUAACGCUGCUGCUUCUGCAAGAGUUCUGCUCCAAGUCUGGUCACACUGUAAUGAAAACGGAGCCACACAAAUGGAGGCAUGGGGUGCUUUUGUGUGGAAGACCUCCCCCUCCCACACUCUUCCCCCUUUUGCUUCUCUUUCCCUCAUGGGUGUGGCUGACUGUCCAUCAAAUCUGAACUUCACUUGGUCAGCUUUUUUCAUUUCUUUGAAUGGGUCCUUUAAUUUUUCCAGACUUCAAGAUGAGAUGCUUCAGAGGGAAGAAGCUGAGAACAACCUGCAAUCUUUCAGACAGGUUUGUAAUUUCAUACAUCCCACCCCCCCACCCCCCGUUAAAGUUUUUAAGUGUUUGUUAAAUUCUUACAAGAAAAAAGCGGAACGGAAAGCCACCUGGUGGUUGAAAAUGGAUAAUGGGAGUGUUCUGGUUCUUCGGUACAAAUUCAAGUAGUUCUUUCACUUCCCUUGUGUUUUGACUCAUACGAAACAGUAUUUCUGCAUUUUUUAGCAGUAUUGAAAUGUUAAGAUCAUAAGAGCCCAGCUCAAUCAAACCCAAAGGUCAGUCUAGACCAGCUUUCUGCUUUUGCACAGUGGCUAAUGGGAUUCCUCUGGGAAGCUGGCUACAUUUGUUGCUCCCCAGCAACUUAUAGUCUGAUGCACGCUGCCUCUGUUCCUGGAGUUUUCUUCUAACCAUGAUGUCUAGUAACUAUGAAGAUCUAUACUGGGGUAGCCGCCAUGAUGAUGUUGACCUAAACCAAUUUCCCCCAACCAUUGGCCAUGUUGGCUGGGACUGAUGGGAGUUGUAGUCUAACAACAUCUAGAUGGCACCAAUAUUGGCUAACCUUGAUCUAGACACAUUGUCAUAUAACAGCAUUGUUGCAUUCAGAUGCUGAAGAUGAAAGGAUAGCAUAUUGCCAUGGGCCAAGUAGUAAGUUUGUGGUGGAGAAACUUUCUAACAAAACUUGCUGGUCAUGCUUUCAGGCACUAUGUUAACACCAGCUGUGUCCAGCUUUUUGAGCUGUGCUUGAAUUUAGCAGAGGCACUUACAAGCACAUAGCGCUCUUGCAGGGGCCAAGAAUUGUUUCUGUUUUAUCAACGUCUAGCCUGUUACCCAGAGAAGCUCUGUGGAAUCGGUUUUUCAGAUUGGUAAGGGUGAAAGGGAGCCAUCUGUUCGCUUGGCUGAAAGGUAUUAAUGGUUUCUAUGGGAUUCACUAUGGAAUGCCGAUGCAGGCAUUAACAGCGACUGUGGUGGCAGCAGAUUGAAAUAAUAGGAGCCUUUGUGUUCUGGGGGUGCUUAUGGCAGGCUGCAUUCUUGCUGGAUGUGUAAUGAUGCAAGCAUAUUUAGAAACCCAUAAUUUAAAGCAUUGGCCACUUCAGCUGGUCCAGUCUCUAACUGAUUAUUGAACAAGAUUGUCCGCUAAUUAUAUUGCUGACAUGAAGACCGACCUAAAGUCAACAAGGAUGUUAAUUUAGGACUGCAUAAUAAUUAAUACUUCAGGCAUUCCUUCCCAUCCCGCUAGACUGGUUCACUGGACAUUUGAAGUAAAUAACAUUUGGAGCCUUUCAAACCUUAGCCAUUUUGCUUUGAAAAAUGAAGCUUUUCUGCCUUAAGUUCUCUGUGUGCCAAUUUUUAAUACAAUAACUAAUUUUCAAACCUCUAUUUCAAAGGAGAAUGUCAGAUGGAAACGGAUCCUUUUAAGUAAAGCCAUCUCCAUAAGACAGUGAGAGUCUGAGUUUGGGCAAAAUUCAUGAAAUAAGUUGCAUUUUUCAAUUAACUUAAAAUAAAAAUGUUUGCAACUUUACUGACUAUAUCCCCCCCCCUUUUGAGCCAGAUUCUCAGUUUGUGAAAGAAACAUCUUUAGCCCAUACUCCUAUACGCAACCUUGUAGUAAGCCCAUUGAAUCCUGUGGGAAUUACUUUAGAGUUGAAGCAGGAUAGUGCAUUUGGUUUGAGACUUUCAAGUAAAAGAAGAGGAAGGUGAAAUUCGAGAGAGCUGGGUGCACAAGCAUGAAUGAGACAUGUGGCUUGCAGAGUUGUCUUCUACAGUUACUGGUGUGAGCCCCCAGAGUGACCCUAAACUGAGUCUUGGUACUCUUUGGAUAUGUCUAGUACUGCAGAGAGCUUCAGUCUCUGUGUAGCUCAGAGCACCUUUGUGCGUGGCCUGAUAGUUCCAUUUGCAUGGUUGUCUGCCUCUGAGUGUGGGGAAUCCGAGAAGGGAUAACAUAGCACAUUGCUAGGACCACAUCUGUCUUGUGGGUAUUCUCCAAGACUUCCACUCAGGUAGAAAAAGAUUACCAAAUACUGAGCCUUCUUGACUCAUUCCCCUUGCUUUGCUGGGACUCUUGAUCUAUCCUACAUGAGCCACGUGACUGGGGGGAGCUAUAAAUAAAGGGAACAAUGCACAAUGGUGUUGUGUCCUCUUUCCUCAUGUGUUUGCAAUGUUGAUUGAGGAUUAUUUAGCCCAGACCCAUAAUGCAGAUGCAACACUUAGGAGCUUAUUCUGUUUUUAUUUUUAUCUCUGCCAUACUGUAAACCUAAAGCACACUGGCGAUGUUCCAGCAUUCUUGAGCACAUGGAAGAAUAUGAUAAGAGAUGGUCAUGCACAGAUGAUGUAAUGAAGUGAACCUUUGGGUACAAUAUCUGAUCUGGUAAAACACUUACCAUGUAGGAAGCUGCAUGCAUUUUGCUGGUGAGAUGUUACAUGUGGUACAAUACCACUGCAUAGCUUAGGCAUUUGAAAGAGAAAAAGCAGGAUCUUGGAACAGAACUACUUAGGGUGGUGAAAUCAUUAAAAUCCUUAACAUUAGGCUAAGCAUUAGCUUUUGGAAGCCCCGAGGCUGAUUCCCCACUUCCACCUUCCUAGCUAACUCCAGGUAUGCUUAGGACACCUUGUGGGAAGGAAUAGAGAAACCAGUGUUGUAGAGAGGUAGAAUGAAAGAUACUUUGCUCACGCAUUUAGGGGACAUUUGACUUGGGUCAUGGCUUGUCCUAGACAGAAGGGUCCUAGGUUACUGUCAAUUGACAAGCUCUUUGGCAGCAGGCCCAAAACAACUUUGCUGGAGUUCACUGGGCUAUCUUGACUUGAUAUAAGAGCUUCACAUACUCAGGCUGGUCUGCCUGCAAGAAUUGCUUCCUCGUUUUACUGUGCAUGAUUGACAGAUGGAGGCCAUGGAAGAACCAGCGCUCAGAUCCAAAUAGCCUAAUUGCUACAACUCUGUGCAGCAGUGAAGUUGCCAGAUACCUUUACAAGUUUAAUUUAGUAUGGAUCCCAAGUUUGAUUGUGACCUCCCAAACAUAGGGGUUUAAGGCUGUGAAAUGUGUGUGUGUGUGUGUGUGUGUGUGUGUGUGUGUAUAUAUGUAUGUAUGGUGUCAAGCUUCCCUCCCCAUAAUUUAAUGGCUCAGAAUGAAAUAGCAGCUCACAAUGAGUGUUUUCAGCAAACUGUCUUUGAAGUCUGUAAAGUGAGACUUGAAAGAGAUGAGGGUGUCCUGCUGGAAAGAGCUUAGGAAGGAUAAGCUGCGUCCCCCUUGGUUGAAACAUGGGGAAGAAAAAUGCUAAAUCCCUGAAGCUGGAAGGUGGGGGGCAAAGCUUGUAUUCCUCUAGUAUCCCAUAAAUGUCUCAGGGCAUUCCUCUAAAAUGGGUGAGGAACCAAGGGCCUCUCCAGCUGUUGUAGGAUUCCUCAACUCCCAUCAGCCCCAGCCAGCAUAGCCAGUGUUCAGGCAAUGAUGGGAGUCAUGGUCUUGCAGGGCUCCCCACCCCAGCCAUUGUCUUCAGGCGUAAAACCUCAACUCAGCAAUGCUUUGUUCCUAACUAGCAUCUCUUGGCUAGUGACCUGCUUCACCACAAUGCAUCUCUAUAUGUAUAUAUACAGAUGCAUAUAUACAGUUGAGCUCUUAGCCUUCUGCACAUGUUAACUUGAGUAUGUAGAGCAUAGUUACAUAGAGUGGGACUCUGCUUUUACCUCUCCCUCCCCCAAAUUGUGUCACCCGCCCCCAACAAUGGCAUGCUCCGCAUGUAGAAAAAAGCCCAGUGUGCAAGGAGCUCCAUGCAGUGGGCCAGGCAUGUGGUGCUCCAGCUUGCAGAAGCACAUGCGUUCUUCUACAGGCAGAGUGAACCAUGUGGUUGUUGAAGGUGCAACACCAGAGCUAAAACUGGCUCUUCUCUGCAGUCUACAUGAUUAUGUCUUCUAAGUUUCCUUCAUAGUUCUUUGCUUUCUCCAUAAUUGUGUUCCACUGAGAGCCAGCACCUGUUGCUUAUUGGACUCAAAGGAACUCCUUCCCCAAUAGUUCAAGCCCAGACUGUCAUCUCAAGUCAAGCUGCAAGAGUGCACUCUAGUUAUACUUGCAUGUGGAUAUUUAUUUAUUUUUUAGUGCUAGCCACAACUGGGCUAAUACUUUUGCUGCCUGAGCUUGUGUUGCUUUCCCAGACUCUCAAAUAAAAAUCUGCAAUACCCCUAGCCAGCCAAGUUACUUUAGCAUGGGGGGAGCCAAUGUGGUACUCUCCAGAUGGUACUGGACUGACAAUUGGGCUGAUGGAAGUUGGGAGUACAGCAACAUCUGGAAGGGAGCACAUUGACUACUCCUGCUUUAGCACCUGAGACUGAAAAUCGCACAAGAACAUCUCCCCUUUCUAACAGUAAAAUAAAUAACAGUUUGCUUGACCACUUAUGACACUCCAAAAACAUCUUCCAGCAAUGGCACUCUUUCACUCUUUGCCUAAAGGUGUUGUUGUUCAAAGUUUUGAGGGGGAGAGUGGGCCACAAUCACUAGCCUGGUGCAUCUAGAACAAUCUGCAUUAGCUUUCAGUGGACCGAGCCUGUUCAUUUUUCAGCUAUACUUGCAACAGGUGCCUUGAGAGGAGGAUAUGAAUUCUUGCUGUGGGGUCAGACUUGUCUGGGAUAAGCAGUGAGCUUUCAGGCAUGAAAUCUGAUUUCUGAAAUGGCAUUGCUGAGUUCCUGUGUGAAAUAACUGGCAGCUUUGCACAGUUGCAGAGAAAACAAAAGUAGGUUCUGAGAUGAGCGCUAAUCUCUUUUGCUUACUGCCAAGUACACACAACACAACAUUAUCUGCCUUUCUGUUGUGGCUGAGCCCUGCUGUAUUUUGCCGUCCUUCUCCAGCCCAGCUAAUCCUUUGCCUGGAGUCUUAAAUGACACCAACUAUUUCUUUUGUGUAACAAACCUGCUGUCCUAAAUGGAAUGGAAUGAUAAAGUUUGUGGACAUUCAUUAGUAGCUUGUUUCAGGUGCAUUAAUAUUUCAAAUAACUUUCCUGACGUAAUAUCCUAAAGUUCCUAAAGUACUUGUAUGCCUUUGAUCCUGUUGCAAUGAAUUUAGUGUGUAACUAGGUUACUUUAACCACACAAAAACAUGCCACACCAUUCGUUUCAUCUCAGACUGCAUACAACUUCUAUCUAAACUAAACUUUUUUUUUCUGGUGGUCAAAUGUGUUUAGUCUAAGUUGAGAUCACCUAGAUACAGUGAUGCUGGCUUUCCAGAAAAAAUACUGGAAAAUUUCUGCUACUCCAUAUUGAUUUGAUUCUGCAUGUUUCAAACUGGUAUUCAUAAGCCAAACUAAAAGUAUGUCAUACUAACUUUAAAGUUUUUUCCGUAGCCAAAAAUAGUUGAACUGAAAUACUGAAUUAGAGUUAGGGAAUUCAAUAAAGUACACUUGGUGUGCUUAAAAUAUUAUAAUCAAAAAUUUUAUUGGAAAUUACUGAUAAUGGAAUGAUUAAGACAUGACAUGACAAUAGUAUGUUUUUUAAUUAAGAAAACAAUUGAAGGUGCCAAUAAGAUUUAUACUUCCCCCUCUUUUGACUGAAAGCUGUGCAGCCUUUCUGAAAAUAGCUCCCUAGAAAAAGUGAUUGCAGUUUCAGAUUUGACUAGACUUCGUUGAUCAUUAAUUAAUGUUAUGAAACAAUGACUUUCUCAAAAUGGAAAAUUGUAUGCAGAAAAAAUAUAGCUGUGGAGAGCUUUGGUCGGAUUCUGUGCUGUAGACAAUUUUCCAUGGAGAAAUGUCAAACCUCCACCUCAGUUACUGAAGGAAGGAAGUGAAAUCGAGCCGCUCCUUAUUUAGACAGAAGUUUGUUCAUUGCAGACAUUUUUGCCCCAUAUUACAACAUUCUCCCAGUUAGCUUAUGAACGUUUCUGACACCUUUCCCCCUGUUGUUCCUCCCUCAGGAUGUUGACAAUGCCUCCUUGAACCGCCUGGAUCUUGAACGCAAAGUUGAAUCUCUGCAAGAAGAGAUUAUCUUCUUGAAGAAGCUCCAUGAUGAGGUAAUUUUUGAACUCCCAUCAGCUUUCAAAUGUGAUUCCUUAGGGGGGAAAUGAAUUGCAUUGGUAAAAACGUUCAAUCUCUGGAAUGUCAUCCUUUUCUUCCCUUGAAGGAAAUCCGUGAGCUUCAGGCCCAGAUCCAGGAACAACAUAUCCAGAUCGAUGUGGAUGUUGCCAAACCUGAUCUCACUGCUGCCCUGCGCGAUGUGCGUCAACAGUACGAAAGUGUUGCUGCUAAGAACCUCCAGGAAGCUGAAGAGUGGUACAAAUCCAAAGUAAGCGAAUGGCCUUUGGCUUCAAUUAGAGGAUUUCUUUAAUAAAAUAAAAUACUUUAGUUCAGCAGUUCUACAUUUUGUCAUUUGGAUGCAAAGUGCUAAUCUUAGUUGUCUGAAUGUGAUGGUCAUGGAACUAUUAGGGAUCUACUGUAGGCCUUGAUACUACAGAAAGCACUGCCUCAAAAUGGCGGUAUACUGCAGAUUUCUUCAAAAAAUAAAAAUAAAACUUGUGUGUAUGUUAGAUGAUUUAUGUCCCACACUUUCUGUCACAAAAAGGAUUCUGACAGGUGGCUUAAUUAUUUAAUAAAAUGAGACCAUUAAAAGCAAUCCAUUAAAAAUAAAUAAUAAUUAGUAAUGAGAGCAUUUCACUCUCGUUUUAAGAGAGGGACACUUACAAGCUACACUCAGCUCAGGCUAUGUAAGGUGUACACUCUUCGCCUCUUCCCAACCUCCAGUGCCCCAAAGAGAAUACCAGAAACAGUUAAGAAACAAAUCAUAGUCUCCAAGUAACGCAACACAGAACUUUGGAAACUGCCGGAACUGAAUUGGGUGAACACAUGAACUUGGCAAGUCUGCCCAGGGAUGCAGUUUUAGCUUCUUAUCCAUCAGCAUUAGAAUUCUUCUUAUAAUUCUUAUUUAUUGCCUACCCUUAACCAGCAGGUCCCAGGGUGGGUUACAACAAUUUAAAAUUCAGAAUUAAAAACAGUUAAGACAGAAUACAGUUGCAGGAAUAGGGUGGGCCAUGAAAGCACACACAUCAUAUCUGUGUUAGAAUCACUGAUUUUAUUUAUAUUUCGGUUAAAAAAAUGUUACUUGGGUUUAACCUCUUGGAGAUUUUCUGUCAAAUACGUGUUAUAUAAAUUUUCUUAAUUUAUAUUUUGGAUAUUUUAAAUUUAAAACAUAUUUUCAAUUUUUAAAAUAAGGGUGGUUCCUGGUGUUCCUUGAUAAGUGGUACUUAAUAACAUGUAAAAGUUGAGAAAAUGUAGGUGCAGCAUUGUAAGUUCAAUACUUCUAAGAAUAUACUGUAUUUUUCCAUGUACAAGAUGCCCCCUAUUUUGGGGGACUCCAAAUUAAGAAAACACCCCUGAGCGCUACCCAUGUAUAAGACGAGCCCCAAUUCUAAACUUAAUUUUUGGUAAAAAAAAAACACCCUAGUCUUAUACACGGAAAAAUACGGUAUUCCCCAUAAAACUAGAAUCAAAACUUACUUGCUUUGUUGUUCUGUGACAGGAUCGUGUGUGUCUUUGUACCUUGAUGUGUCUUGAAGGGAUAGUUGCAGGCCAGUAACAUACUGGUUUGUUUUUUUAAAAAAGUAUUGUGUCCUGUUGCUAAGGUGCAUCUGGCAAGCUGCAGAUGGGUUUGGUUAUGUUGUUAAAAGCAGUUGGAAUUCUGUAGGGACUUCUCUGCUUGGUAAACAAAUGUCUCACAGACACAUAUAUCAGGAGGUCACAUUGCAAUUGUGAAACGAGCUUGUUAAAAAAGACAGGGUUGUAGCAUGCAAGUCUUCAUGACACAGAGGCCUAGUCCACUCAAAGUGGCUUGUCCUGUAAGGUGCAAAUCAGCUGAGUUCUGCUUAUCAAUCAUGCCCUUUGGUACCAGAGUUUAAUUCUCCCAGUCCUUGAUAUGUGUCUUUGCUAAAAGGUGGGCUCUUGAAAAAGUUCAUCUAGUUAACCUUGGUGUGGUGUUAGUUUGCAGAUCUGUCUGAAGCAGCCUCCCGGAACAAUGAUGCCCUACGUCAGGCCAAACAAGAAGCGAAUGAGUACCGCAGGCAAAUUCAGAGUCUCACCUGUGAAGUGGAUGCACUUAAAGGAACUGUAAGUGAAAGAUGACGCUUGGAGGGGAAGGCUUUGGCAGGUGGUGGUGGUUUUUUAAGAAGAAAGGUAUGUUUAGGUCUGCAUUUCUCAGCCAUUCUUUCGGAAUAGCGCAACUUAAAUAUUAAAAAGGUAAAGGGACCCCUGACCAUUAGGUCCAGUCGUGACCGACUCUGGGGUUGCAGUGCUCAUCUCGCUUUAUUGGCCGAGGGAGCCGAUGUACAGUUUCCGGGUCAUGUGACCAGCAUGACUAAGCCGCUUCUGGGGAACCAGAGCAGCGCACGGAAACACCGUUUACCUUCCCGCUGGAGUGGUACGUAUUUAUCUACUUGCACAUUAACGUGCUUUUGAACUGCUAGGUUGGCAGGAGCAGGGACCGAGCAAUGGGAGCUCACCCCGUUGCGGGGAUUUGAACCGCCGACCUUCUGAUCGGCAAGUCCUAGGCUCUGUGCGUUAACCCACAGCGCCACCCGCGUCCCAGCUUAAAUAUUACAUGUUUGCAAAAGAGACCUUUCAAACAAUAAAGUUGGCAUAUGCCCUAACAAAGCUGCCUGAUGUGGAAAUGAGCCUGUGGUUCAUCUCUGUCUCUGAUCUCAAGCUGGUGAUAAAACUAGGGCCAAGAUCUCAGGCUACCCUAAAAAUGCUUUCAAUUGGAGAUUCUAGGGAUUGAAUGUACAGCCUUGUCAUGCAUGUGAUCUGCUGCUGAGCUGCUGUCUUUGCAGAAUGUUCUGCACUUGUAAAAUGAAUCUAAUCUUACGAUUGAGUCCAUUCUGCACAUUCUUGUAGCAAGUGAAGGAGUCUUCUGUCUUCCAUGUUUACACUUGGGAACAUAUAAAUCUGCUUUAACACUGAGCCAGAAAGUUGUAUUUCACUCAGGAUUGUCUACACCAGGGCUGGCAGACAUGUGGUCUUCCAGAUGUUUCUGGAUUAAAAAAUACGUUUUUACAUAUGUAAACUUGAAUCAGCCCUGGGCAGCAUUUCUUAAUGGUCAGGGAUGAAUUGAGCCAUUGGGUUUUUUUUCGCUUUAAUCCUACCGGAGUAUAAACUCAUUGAAAUUAAUAGACAUUAUUAACUCGGGUCCACUUGGCUGGAUACAACCUAUUGAUUUCACCAUUUUACCCAUGAACUGAAUGCUAUCGCUUGAAGCCUCAGUGUAUGCUUUUGUAAAAUCUCUCCAGAACGAAUCCCUGGAACGCCAGAUGCGUGAGAUGGAGGAGAACUUUAAUCUUGAAGCUGCUAACUACCAAGACAACAUUGCCCGACUCCAGGAUGAGAUCCGAAACAUUAAGGAAGAAAUGGCUCGCCAUCUGAGCGAGUACCAAGACCUGCUGAAUGUAAAGAUGGCUCUUGAUAUUGAGAUUGCCACUUAUAGGAAACUGCUGGAGGGAGAAGAGAGCAGGUACUAGAUUCAUCCGGUGGACCCUCAGCAGGCAUAUCUGAAAAGUUUUAGCCACCUUAUCUAAAUAUGACUUCUGUCUUCUUUUUUCAGAAUCACAAUGCCAAUUCCGACUUUUGCUUCCCUGAACCUGAGAGGUAAGCAAGUACCAUCUAUACCUGGUAGCUGGACCUCCUUGGUGUAUUAACCAUUUUUAUGUAAAUAGUACUAAUAUUGAGUUUAAGUCUGCAAUAGAAGGUCUCAGUUUUGGCAUAUGAUGUAUGUAAAGGGUCUGGACUUCCCUUGAUGCACUCUUGAGUCCUUGUUGCAAUGCCCACUUUGUAUCAGAUGUGUCAUCUGGGACUAGAAUUGUUGAAGUGUCCUUCUCUGGGUCUAGGUGGUGGGUGGUCCUGCCUUUUGCCAGUGGGUGGGUGUGGAUGGUCCUGACUUAGGGUUGACUUUGCCGUUUGCUUUUUCAAACAUUGUUUUGUUGCUAACCUAAACAGAACUUUCAAAAGGCCUGAUAUCUCAUUGGUUUUGCAUAGCAAUAUUACCCAAGCACUGCUCUAAGAUCAGCAUUGCUGUGGUAUCUUUCUAACAUGAGUGAGAAUUCUCUACAGAGUUCUAACUGUGCUAUUCUUAUCUACAGAAACAAACCUUGAGUCUAUCCCAAUAGACACCCACUCCAAGAGAACACUUCUUAUCAAGACUGUUGAAACUAGAGAUGGACAAGUGAGUGCUGCUAACAAUUACAGAUGUGGGGUUGUAUAUAUACAUACAUACAUAUUUACAUUUAUGCUGUUAAAUGUAUCUUCCAGGGGUGUGGAACAUACUACUUUAGCAUACUGGAAUAUAUUAUGGCGGUAACCUUGCCUCUCUUCUGGACUGGCUGUGCGCGUGCACACACAAAGACCGUUGAAAUAGUCAACCUUUUGUGCCCAGGAUGCUUAAUGAAAGUCGAGUGUCUACCUCUGAAUUUGCGAAGGAUCUAGAUCCUGCGUUUGCUGUUGUUUCAUUGGAACGGUGGGAGGGAUAGAUACUGGUGACAGGGUAUGAAAACUUGGAUGAACGGGAUUUAAUUCUACAAGGAUUCCGGGUGAAGCCUAGAAUUCCACCCAAAAGUCAUCAACAAGCCUAUCUAGCCCUGGUUUCUGAGCCCUUAAGUCAGGCUGCUGUCUCUGUUCAAAACCUCCACAAUGUGAAUAAUUUUUCCAUUGAAUGCUGUGCUUCAAAUGCUGUGUGGUGUAGCAAUUCCAAGGACUGCUCUGCAUUUGUUGGAUGUCUUGGGCAGGUUUAAGCAUGUGGUAACAGAAGGCCAGCUGUCUCUAAAUUGCUGAGUUGCCUUGCUUUAAACUCCCCCCUCCACACCCCCCCCUUGGCUCCCAAGUAGAUAUCUUGAGCAGGUGGUGGGAAGCUGGAAAGACUUUCUGGUGUCCCUCCAUAUGCUUUGAGGUAUCAGAGGGGAGGGCAAGGGGAGCUGGGCACAGUGUUGCACCAGCCUGUUGAGUUGCACCUUCCUUUUUGCUGCCUAUACAAUCUGUGGACCAUGUGGCGAGCCAGAUAGUAGUGUUUGUGCAAGAUUUCUAGUCACUAGCUUCAAGUGGAAAAUAUUUCAAGUGGCAGUUAAGCUUCCCUGUGAAAGGUUUAGGAGCUGAGAUCAAUUGACAAUUAAAUAUCCUUCUAAUGCUUUACAAUACUUGUCUUAAUAGGUUAUCAAUGAAACUUCUCACCAUGAUGAACUGGAGUGAAGAAGAGAACAGCACAUCUUCCUUGUGCCGAAAUGAACCCUUACCAGCAAAACUAAAAAAAGAGAAACAGCUUUUCAAGUGCCUUUCUGCAGUUUUUUCCAAGAGCGCAAGGUGGUUAUGCUAGAAGAUAUAGGUCUUAGAUCAUGCAAAACUGACUCUCUUGAUGGGUUAGAAGAGCUUUAAAAAAAGGGAGUCUAGUUCAGAUAGCACUAUCUUGUGCUGCAAUACUGUUGUUUUUUUAAGUUUCUGAAUUGAAUAAAACUGCUUUUUCAGCACAGUAUGAUGAGCAACCUCUCACUGCUUCAAUAAACAUUUGGGAAAUUGCUUU